AUGACCGAGCACUCUUCCCCCUUCCCCCAAGGCGCCUUCGAUGGCAUCGGCAUAUCCUAUCAUCUGUGGAUCAAAACCGUCGGCAGUGAGCCACACGUCACACCCGGACGGCCGAACCGAGGCAACAUUGGGAUGAACAUGCCUAGGCCUCUCGCUAUGUGA